UGGGAGAGGAGGCCGGCGCUGGUGGAGGAGAGUCAUAGUCCGGGAGCAGCAGCAGCAGCAGCAGCAGCAGCAGCAGCAACCCCUCGGCUCAGGGACAGAGGCCAGCAGUUCAGGACUAGCGCAGCCCUGCAGUGCGAUCCAGCCCCUAGCUUCAGGCUGCCCAUGGAGCACCCCGCUGCCUCUGCCCUCAAGUCUGCACCGGGCCUUCUUGUGCAUUAAUUCAGGACUUUUGCAUUUAGUUGGGCGCUCACUCCUGCUUCGCAAAGAUAUUCUACAACAACAUGGCUGAACAGCAGGUUCUCCCCCAGGCUUUGUAUCUGAGCAACAUGCGGAAAGCUGUGAAGAUAAGAGAGAGGGCCCCUGAAGAUAUUGUCAAGCCUACUAAUGGGAUAAUUUAUCACUUUAAGACCAUGCACAGAUAUACGGUGGAGAUGUUCAGGACUUGUCAGUUUUGUCCUCAAUUCCGGGAGUUUAUCCUUGUGGCUCUGAUUGACAGAAGCAUCCAAACUUCACUAGAAAGCCAGAGGAAGCUCAACUGGUGCCGUGAAGUCAGGAAGCUUGUGGCACUAAAAACGAAUGGUGAUGGGAACUGCCUCAUGCAUGCUACAUCACAGUACAUGUGGGGUGUUCAAGAUAGUGACUUGGUCCUGAGGAAGGCGCUGUACAGCACUCUGAAAGAGACCGAUAUCCGCAACUUCAAAUUCCGUUGGCAGCUGGAGUCUCUGAAAUCCCAAGAAUUUGUGGAAACAGGCCUCCGUUAUGACACCAGGAAUUGGAAUGAGGAGUGGGACAAUCUUAUCAAAAUGGCAUCCACAGACACAUCAGUAGCCCGAGGUGGGCUUCAGUAUAAUUCACUUGAAGAAAUCCACAUAUUUGUUCUUUCCAACAUCCUCAGAAGACCAAUUAUUGUUAUUUCAGACAAAAUGCUGAGAAGCUUAGAAUCUGGUUCCAAUUUUGCUCCUUUGAAAGUUGGUGGAAUUUAUUUGCCUCUCCAUUGGCCUGCCCAGGAGUGUUAUAGAUAUCCCAUCGUCCUCGGUUAUGACAGCCAGCACUUUGCACCACUGGUCACUCUAAAGGACAGCGGACCUGAAAUCAGAGCUGUUCCACUUGUUAACAGAGAUCAAGGAAGGUUUGAGGACUUGAAGGUUCAUUUUCUAACAGAGCCAGAAGCAGAAAUGAAGGAGAAGCUACUCAAAGAGUACUUGACAGUGGUAGAAAUCCCUGUGCAAGGUUGGGACCAUGGGACCACUCAUUUAAUCAAUGCUGCAAAGUUGGAUGAAGCUAACUUACCCAAAGAGAUAAAUCUGGUAGAAGACUACUUUGAGCUCGUUCAGCAUGAGUACAAGAAAUGGCAAGAGAAUACUGAGCUGAAUCAUAAAGAGGCCCGUGCUAGGAAUGGGCUGGAACCCCACCUGCCCCAGAUUUCCCUCAUGGAAGUCAAAUGUGAAACGCCAAACUGUCCUUUCUUCAUGUCCGUGAACACGCAGCCUUUUUGCCAUGAAUGCUUUGAGAGGAGGCAAAAUACACAAAAUAAACCCAAAAAACAGAACUCUAAGCCAGGGGUGGAGAAACGCCCAGGUGUAGGACUGGGUACUUCUCAGGGUGAAGUUUGUGAGCCUGCUGGGUGGAAGCCUGAGGAAUCACCAGCAACGGGGCCUCACUCUGCACCCCCAACCGCACCCAGCCUCUUUCUGUUUAGUGAAACAACUGCAAUGAAAUGCAAAACUCCUGGGUGUCCCUUCACCCUGAACGUGCAACACAAUGGGUUCUGUGAACGGUGCCAUAAUACUCGGCAACUCAAUCCCGGCUGUGACCCGAGCAACCACAGGCAUUUGGAUGAUGGGAAGUGCCAGGCCUGUCACCAGGUUGUCACCAGGACCUUUAAUGGGAUUUGUAGUACUUGCUUCAAAAGGACUACAGAGUCUUCCCCCAUCGUCAGCCCCAGUUUUCCUCCUUCCUGCCAUCAGAGAUCAUUCUCCGAUCCCUCUCAGCUGAGCCAGAGUAUCCAUCAGCAUCCCUAUCACAGAACUGGUCAUGAAGCCCCUUCUGGGGCCACGUCCCAGGCUGGACGAAACCCAGAGAACAGGACUGGAACAAGCAAAUGCCGAAAGGCUGGCUGCAAGUAUUUUGGGACACCAGAAAACCGUGGCUUUUGUACUCUGUGUUUCAUCGAAUAUCAAGAAAAUAACCGUGACCCCCCUGCUUCCGGUCAAACUGAUCCCUCAGCCUCCAGAUUCCAGAAUACGAUUCCCUGCCUUGGGAGAGGAUGUGGUACCCUUGGCAGUACCCUGUUUGAGGGGUACUGUCAGAAAUGUUUCAUUGAAGCCCAGAACCAGAGAUUUCAUGACGCAAAAAGGACUGAAGAACAGCUGGUGAGACAAUCAGAGAGAUCCAGCCAGUGCCGGGACAUUCAGCGAACAACCCAGAGCUCUCAGAGAAAAAAAUGUGCUAAGGCAGCAUGUAAGAACCCUGUAGCUCACAGAGGGGAAGAGCUGUGUCCAGAGUGCCAGCGACAUAACCAGAGACUGGGGCCUGGCAUCCAUAGAGGGGAGACCAUUACGGAAGAGCUGCCCAAGCAACGCUGCCGAGCCCCAGCCUGUGAUCACUUUGGCAAUGCCAAGUGUAAUGGGUACUGCAAUGAAUGCUAUCAGUUCAAACAGCUGUAUGGCUAAUCAGAAACAGCUGGAUCACCUCCCAGAAAUGAAAGAACUUUUUCUUUUUUUUGGCCAAAAUGGUGCUAUCCUGUAAACAUUUGGCUGUUUCACUUGAGGGCUAGCCCCUGGAAUCAAGUAUACCAUGGAGGUUUUAGCAUAGGUGAGUAGGCUGUUCACCAGGAGUCAGGCAGUAGAUACAUUCACUUGAGGAACUGUGGGUCCUAGGGCACCUCUAGAAAAACUUACCUCCUGCCCUAGGGUACGAAGUCUUGAGGGUGGCUGUUGUUGAUUUCUGGGAUCACCUCAAGGCCACUCCCCCUUUAUGAGUUCAUACUGUCUCCACAUUCUGAGAUCUGGGGACAUGGAGAAACCUGGAAUGGCCACUGUACUUGGACACAUAGCUUGUACUUUGGGGUGUGAAUACCUCUCUCUCACCUUGUGAGCCCUGAUGUCAGAAGGCAAAAAUACACAUUGGAAAAGAUGCAGAAUGCUGAACCUCCUCUUGCCUUAGCCCCCGGCUCAGUAUGUCUCAUGGGCAGCUAGGUGGUGCAGUGGAUAGAGUAGUACAGGGCCUGGAGUCAGGAAUAUUCAUCUUCCUGAGUUCAAAUCUAGCCUCAGACACUUGCUAGCUGUGUGACCCUGGGCAAGUCACUUAACCCUGUUUGCUUUCAUUUCCUCAUCUGUAAAAUGAACUGGAGAAGGAAAUGGCAAACCACUCCAGUAUCUUUGCCAAGAAAAUCCCCGUGGGGUCAUGAAGAGCUCAUUGAAGAACAACAGCAUGUCUCCUGGAUGUGAACCUGGAUUCUUUUGGUGAAAAGACCUUCCAGGGGAUGCUCGAAGCAAACUCAGGGGAGAAAUGUCUAAAAGGAGAGACAGGAGCCUGACAGUGUUCUUUUCCCUUAACUGCUGGUUCCUUUCACAUGGGACGUGACAAAAGCAGACCUGGUCAUGGAUUCUGGAACCAAUCAAUAGCUGCUGAAUCUAAGUGACGAGGAGUCAGGACUGAAACAAGAAAAAAACAAGCUGCUCUUUUUUCCUCAAUAUGCACCUUUUCAAAGACAAAACAUUUGGGGGAGAUGACAAAGCCCAUUUUACUUGUCACUGUCCUCGCCCUUAAAGCAACUGACAUGACCUGAGGUGUGAAUGCCGGUUGUAUACAUAUAUAAUUGACUUAGGAUCAUACCUCUAGAUCUGGAAGGGACCUCAAAGGCCAUCUUGUCCAGCUCUUUGAUUUUACACAUUUGGAAACUGAGACCCAGAGAGGCAAAGUCAAACAGGUGGUAAGCAUAAGAGGCAGGAUAUGGACCCAGGUCCUCUGACUCCAGAGCUAGUCAUAUGUCCUUAUAUUAUAUAUGAGGGAUUAUUUUAUAAUUGGAUGAUACAUUGCCCUAGUUGUAGAAUAGGAAAAGUAUGUAAUAACCUGUUUUUUUGGUUGUUGUUUUGGCACAACGUGCACAACUUGUAAAAAAAAAACAGACUUGCUGCCUUUUUCAAAGGAGCAAAAACUAAGUUUAUUCUUUAUAAUUGUUGAAAUAUUUUCAUGUGAUCUAUCUUAUUUAUUUUAUUAUAAACUUCUUGUUUAUUUAAGUGUACAUUUCUUCCGCUAUUUGUAAAAUACUAGAGUUUCUAGACUAUUCCUGACUACUGUGAGAAUGUCUGUCUCCUAAAAAACACUUUGGUUCCCUCCUGAUAGAAAAGGGAAGAAAUAAAAAGUAAAUUAAUUCAAACUUCACUGUGAUUCUUCUGGGACAACUGCCAGGGCCUCUUUCCCCCAGCUGCAAGAAGAGGAAGCUUGCUCAUGGUCUGAGAUGAGAGUGCGAUGGGGCCAGAGAACCCAUCAGGAAUUGGGUGGCUUACUGUCAUGGGCCUAUUCUUUGUGGCAGCUUCCUGAGGGAAUAGGUAGAAAGGCCUCGUACCCAAAGCUAGAGAACAGAACACAGGUAGAUCAGAAAUGAAGCCAUCAAACUUUUCCCAGGGGUAGGAGAACAAGGAAGAAGUUUCUAAAUCUCACUGUAUCAAUGCAAUGUUCUACUGUUACUGUCUCACAAUCACAUCUGCUCUCAAAAGGAGGAAUGAAAAUUCCCUAGUGCUAAAGAUUGCCAUGCAUAUUUUUGCUCUCGAAUUCCAGGCUGGAAACAUGGGCAGGCCACACCUACAGAGAAGCCUUACCUAUAAAGAUACACAUACACUUCACCUUUCUUGAGUAAUUGGCCCAGGUGAAAGCUUCUUUGGCUGUCCUAUUUUGUCUUUUCAGUUUCUUUCCAAAGAAACAAAAAUUAAAACAUAAAAACAAGAAUCCCAAUGAUGUUCCCUGAUGUUCAUUUAACCUAGUGUUUUAUUAUGAUUUUUCACUUGUAAAGCUUUUAAUUGUUAAUGUCAAAAAGUUCAAAUAUUUAUGUAUGAGUGUGGAAAAUAUGU